CCGAACGCCUUGCGGCUUCCGCGCAGGCGCCGUGGCGGGCUCCGGUGCACUGUGGGAUGGAAACCGUAGCGGCGCGUCCUGGCGGGACCGGGCUGUGGCUGCGGGGCGGGCGACGGCGGCGGGGCAGGCGGCGGCCAGGGACCCGGGCUUAGGCUCGGCCGGGUCGGCUGAGGGGCGCGGGCAGCGGAGGCUGCCAUGAAUUCGGCGGUGGUGAGGCGGACGCAGGAGGCGCUGGGGAAGGUGAUCCGGAGGCCGCCGCUGACGGAGAAGCUGCUGAGCAAGCCCCCGUUCCGCUACCUGCACGACAUCAUCACCGAGGUGAUUAGAAUGACUGGUUUCAUGAAGGGCCUCUACACAGACACCGAGAUGAAGUCUGAUAACGUGAAGGAUAAAGAUGCAAAAAUCAGCUUCCUGCAGAAAGCCAUAGACGUGGUUGUAAUGGUUUCAGGAGAGCCACUGUUGGCAAAGCCAGCCCGAAUUGUGGCCGGGCAUGAACCUGAGAGAACAAAUGAGCUGCUCCAGAUAAUUGGAAAAUGCUGUCUCAACAAGCUCUCCAGCGAUGAUGCGGUGCGGAGGGUGUUAGCUGGAGAGAAGGGAGAAGUGAAAGGACGGGCCUCACUGGCCUCAAGAUCUCAGGAACUGGAUAAUAAGAAUGUGCAGGAAGAGUCCAGAGUUCACAAAGAUACAGAGGGUAGAAGAGACUCUGAAAUAAAAGAGAGAAGUACAAGCAGAGAUCAAAAACAGAAAGAAGAAUUGAAAGAAGACAGCAAGCCAAGAGAAAAGGACAAGGGCAAGGAGAAGGCCAAGGAGAAUGGUGGAGACAGACACAGAGAAGGAGAGAGAGAGAGAGCCAGAGCCCGGGCCCGGCCAGAGAGUGAGCGGCAGAAAGACCGCGGCAACCGGGAGCGGGUCCGAGACUCUGAGCACCAGAAGGAGACAGAGAGAAAGAGUGAGGGGGGAAAAGAGAAGGAGAGACUGAGAGACAGGGACCGGGAGCAUGACUGGGACAAGGGGAAGGACAGGGACAGGCGGGGAGUGAAAAAUGGGGAGCACUCCCGGGACCCGGACAGGGAGAAGAACAGAGAGCACAACAAACCUGAGAAAAAGUCAGCAAGCUCAGGGGAGAUGUCUAAAAAGUUGUCAGAUGGAACUUUUAAAGACUCCAAGGCUGAAACAGAGACUCAGAUUUCCACUAGACCAUCCAAGUCAUUGACAACAAAAACCUCCAGGCGGCGGUCCAAAAGCUCAGUGGAAGGAAGAAGGGACCCUAAAGCCAAUGGAAAUAGUCUUUCCCCUGAGAAAGAACAUAACUCUUCCCACUAUAAAGCUAAGAAGGAGCAUACCCUGAAACAGCUCGGAAGAAAGCAGGAUAAUAUUUCAGCUAAAAUUUUAGACUCCGUAGGGUCUGGAAUAAAUGAGCCAAAUCGGGAAACAACAACUUCCGAAAUCGGAACAAAAGAAGCUAAUAUUAACUCAACUAGUAUUUCAGAUGAUAACUCAGCUAGUCUGCGGUGUGAAAAUAUUGAGCCCGAUUCUGCAGUGAAGCAGAAAGGUGACUCCACCAGUGAUGCAGAAGGAGAUGCUGGACCUGCUGGCCAAGAUCAGACUGAGGUGUCAGAGAUUCCAGAAAUUUCUAAUGAGCUUUCAUCCAGCAUCAGAAGAAUUCCUCGGCCUGGGAGUGCAAGACCAGCACCUCCCCGGGUCAAACGGCAAGACAGUGCGGAAGCGUUACCGCUGGAGAGGUCAGGGAGUGGUAAAACCGUCUCAAAUGUGAUUACAGAGUCACACAACUCUGACAACGAAGAGGAUGAUCAGUUUGUGGUGGAAGCUGCCCCUCAGCUCUCUGAAAUGUCAGAAAUUGAAAUGGUAGCAGCAGUCGACCUAGAAGAGGAGAAGCAUGGUGGACUUGUGAAAAAAAUUUUGGAGACUAAGAAAGAUUAUGAGAAACUGCAGCAGUCACUCAAACCUGGGGAGAAGGAGAGAUCUCUCGUCUUUGAGUCGGCGUGGAAGAAGGAGAAGGACAUUGUUUCCAAGGAGAUAGAGAAGCUCCGCAUGUCCGUCCAGACCCUGUGCAAGAGCGCACUUCCCCUGGGGAAGAUCAUGGACUAUAUCCAGGAAGACUCGGACGCCAUGCAGAAUGAGCUGCAGCUGUGGCGCGCCGAGAACAGGCAGCACGCGGAGGCCCUGCAGCAGGAGCAGAGCAUCACAGACUGUGCCGUGGAGCCCUUAAAGGCUGAGCUGGCGGAGCUGGAGCAGCUGAUCAAAGACCAGCAAGACAAGAUCUGCGCGGUGAAGGCCAACGUCCUCAGGAAUGAGGAAAAAAUCCAGAAAAUGGUGUAUAGUAUCAAUUCGACCUCGCGAAGGUGAACACUCAAACGUUAGGGAUGAAAAGUCACCCCAGUUUAAAAGCAAAAAGGAAGACAGAAAAUCGUGACUCUUGAAGUUCCAGUUUGCUGAGGAAAUGAACAGUUUACAAUGUUACUAUCCAACUACUUUUCAGAGCUUUAAAACUGUAAGCACGUUAAGUGCAUUAAAUAAAAACAUAUUCUCUUACCUCCUUCCAGAUGAAAUACUGGCUAGUUAUAAACAGCGCUUCCAAACACCUCUGUGAAAAGCUUUUCUGAAAGCCUGUUCCUUGUGUUUCUGCUGCAUCCUGUUUAGCUCUGUACCAGAACGCUCUAGCAGGUAAGUGGUGUUGGCAUACCAAGGGAACAGUGGUCCUUUAUUUUGGUUUAGUGGAAAGACUUUCAGAGGUCACUGCCGAAUGAAGGAUGACUGUAUACUUUCCGAUAGGCGCUUUAUAAGUAGAAUGAGGCCUGAAAAUGAAUGCAUUAUAUUUUUAGUUAAUUUCCAUUUGAAAGGGCUAAUCUCAGCCUGUCUCCAUGUAAGGUACAAAUCAACUGGAUGGCUUUUGUUUUUUUGACCUCUCUGUAAUUGCAUGUACUUCUCUAUGUAAUUUUCUUCUUGAUCUCUAUUAUCUUUUGCUUGUGUUUCUAGUCCUUAAAGUUCAUCAAUUUACAAAGGAGAUUUCAGUGUGGCUGUCAUGGACAUUAUCUGGAAAUUGUCAUGGGCCACAUCCUGGCAUUUUACCCUGGUGGUCCUCUGACAGGCCAGCACAGCUCCUCUGGAGCCCUUGUCCUCCUUAAGAGGGGCUUGCUCUGGUAGGCGUUGGCAUCAUGCCUUUUCCUUUGCGUCUGUGCACGCCCAAGAGACGGGUAGCUUAGAAAAACUACAUAAGGAAGACGUGAAAGGAUGCACUGAUUUACAACAUUUUUUUGAUGUUAGCCAUUUUUUUUGGAAAUUGUUUUUUAAAUCAAAGAUUUUUUAAAAACACGUAGUUUUUGACUUACAGAUACUGUUGUAAAUACUCAGCAGAGUCUUAAGUUACUGUAUAAAGCAUUUCACUGUGUUUGAAGACAUACAGAUCUUAAGGUCUGGAUCCUAAUACUUUUAUUUCUUGAUAGUGGAGUGCCAUUUAAAUUGUGAGAGUUGCUUGGUUUGUUUCUUUUUUAUUGAGACAGAGUCUCAUUCUGUUGCUCAGGCUGGAGUGCAGUGGCACCAUCUCGGCUCACCGCAACCUCCGCCUCCCGGGUUCAAGCAAUUCUCCUGCCUCAGCCUCUUGAGUAGCUGGGACUACAGGCGUGUGCCACCACACCCGGCUAAUUUUUGUAUUUUUAGUAGAGACGGGGUUUCACCAUGUUGGCCAGGAUGGUCUCGACCUCCAGACCUUGUGAUCCACCCGCCUCGGCCUCCCACAGUGCUGGGAUUACAGGCGUGGCCACCACACCCGGCCAGGUUUUGCUUCUUUAAGGAUUAGCACAAAUGGCACAGUUUGGUUUUUCUUCGUACAGUUUCCAAAAUGAAUUCCGUACUAAGGAAGUUUUGUGAUUUUCUAAGCUGAGUAUGUUCAGAAAGAGCAGAUUAUUAAGAUGUGCCCUUCUGAAAUGUUCGUUUUCUUCUCCUUCCUACAGUGCACCAUAAAAUUCUGUUUGAUCGGAUCAUAUUACAUACAUUUUGGGGGAGCAGAGGGACAUUAGUUAGGUCAUCCUUCAUGUAUUUAUAAUCUCUUUUCUACUGAAUCCAAUGACUUAGCUGUGACCGAGUGGCCCCUGCCUCACUUCAAGUUAAGAUGUCCGCCUUUUAUGAAUUUGUAUAUAUAAAUAGAAUUUGGGGGUUGCAAAGCAUUCAUUGUAUGUAAGUAAAAUUUUUUAUGAAGUCUGUUAAAUUGUAUCAUAAAGUUUAUUUUUCUUUUGUACAUAAAUCAUUUUAAAAAUCACAUCUUUUUCCCAUAAGUGCAUGGACUGUGCAGUUCAGUUCACACAUGGGCAAAUCAGGCAUUUGGGAUUUUUAUUUUCAAACGUGUGUACUUGGUGUUUCUUGUGAAGAAAGUGCAGGGAAAUACACUUGUCAUUCAUAUUGUGACACCAUCUCUUUUCAGUACGAAUUGAAGUCUUACAAGACAGAUAAGCAUUUGACAGAGAUUGUAAGGCGAUUUGUGAAGCUUUAGAAGGUCUCUACCUGUGAUUGUUACUGCAUCUUAUCAUAGACACUAGAUCCUGAUCUUAUUUAAUUUGAGAAAUUUAAUUUUUCUCUUAUUUUGAGAAAAUGCACAAAUGGGAUUAUUUGUCUAUACUUUGGUUUAUAAGUUUUCAGGAAGUACUGGAGCCAUACUUCAGGAAUUUGAAUUUAAAAAUUGAGCUGAUGGUAAUUUAUAUUCAAAGGAAAUGCAUAAUAAACCUUUGGAAGAAAUA